AUGGCUAUGGCGGAAACAGUUAUAUUAAAAUUGGUUCAGCAAGAAGUGUUUUUUGAACUGUUGAAGUUACUACGAUCGAUGUCAGGCAAGCGACAUAGUUUGUCCAACCUGGCUCCGUUCAUCGGAGAAGAUGGCCUCAUACGAGUUGGAGGUCGCCUGAAAUAUUCGGCGAUACCAUAUGAUGGUAAACAUCAAGUGCUAAUUCCGGAGAAGCACCACGUGACAGUGAUAUUAAUAAGGAAGCUACACGAAGAGAAUCAUCACGUCGGUCAAGGAGGAAUGCUGGCCAUCGUACGAGAGCGUUAUUGGCCAGUGAAGGUGAAAACGAUCAUCAAGCAAGUUGUUCGAACUAGUCGAGUGAUUUAUAGAGAAAGUGAGCCAGACUCCCGUUCCCGGAGCCGUGAUCGAAAGUAUCGACAUGAAGCACGUGACGAAGGUUAUCGAUACAGUUCGUCCCGCGGUGAAGGAAGCCAUUACACAAGAGCCAGUUCCGGCGGAAGCUACGGUCGCCGUGGCUCGCAGCGACCGCACGGUCACGAAUCUCACUCGCAUUACAGCGGUGGUGGUGCUGCUGCUGCCCUAGAGGAGUACGAUGAAAGUAAGAACGUCCUGGCCGUCUUCAAUUUGAGUAUUUAUACCACCGAAUCCGAACUGUACGACGUGUUUAUCAAGUUCGGCCCACUGAAGAAGGCAACCGUAGUGAUCGAUGCUAAGACUGGCCGGUCCCGCGGGUUCGGUUUCGUUUAUUUCGAGAGCACUGAGGACGCCAAGGUAGCGCACACCCAGGCCAACGGCAUCGAAAUAGGCGACCGGCAGAUUCGCGUUGACUUUUCAGCAACGGAAAAGCCCCAUGAUCCCACGCCGGGCGUGUAUUACGGCAAGGUGAGCUACCCGAAAGGAGGUGGAGGGGGUGGCUACAGGGGUGCACCUGCGAUGGGCCCACCGGCCCCGGUGGCUAGUAAUAUGGCAGCACCCGGUGGCUACUAUCACUGUCGGGCAUGUGAGAUUGAAGCUCGCGAAAGAGAACGGUGGGAGCGUGAUGCACGACGAUAUGGAAACGGAAGCCACUACUACCAGGCGGCAGCACCGGAACAUCCGCGUGGCCGUGACCGAUCGGCUAUGUCCCGGUCCCGAAGUGACUACUAUCGGGGUGGUGCUGGAAUUCGCUGACAUUGGGUACCGAUGGCUGCCAUUGCCACUGCGCCUCCUCUGCACGGUGGUUAUCCGGCAGCGAUGCUGAUGUAAACCCGUAAAUAAUGUCACACUUUCAAACGAAGGCCAAUUUCCAUAACCGUAUGAAUUCCUCUGCAGCUUAGGGACGGAGGGAAAUUUAAUAAAUUGAACUAACGAUAUUUAUUGUAACAUGAAUGUAGAUGCGCGUGUAUGUGAUGCACAACUUCAGAUUUAAACAGAACAUAAAUGAUGAAUGAAUAUUAUACAAACUUAAGUCAACCGAUAACAUGUAGCAAUGCAUUGAUGAAUAAUUUAGCACAUAGUAAUAGAUAACAUUUGGGUGGUACAGUUUGAAUAUGGGCCAUUUAAAUUAGAAAACAGUCCAUAAACAGAAAUAGGUACAACUCAUGAAUAAAAACUUUAAACGUAUUGAAAAUAAA